GUGUACGCAGUAGCAAGGCUGUGGAGCAGAUAAGCGCCAACCCCACCAACAAAUAGUGCUUCACCUCAGCCUUACGCCAAUUAACCUCACGUCUGUAGAGCUCGCCAUCGCGCAAUCAGAGAGCCAAAUUAGUUGAGCAACAGCUACAUAUCUGAGAAUCGAUAGCCCAUUUCCGAAAUAGAUAUGUCUGACGACGAUUUUAUGCAAGCCUCUGACGAGGAGUACGAUUUCGAGUAUGAAGACGAGGAGGACGACGACUCGGGCGAUGCCGAUAUCGAGAACAAGUACUACAACGCCAAGCAGCUCAAGGCUUCCGAUCCCGAGGAAGCCGUCAAUGAGUUUCUGAGCAUUCCUUCCUUGGAGCCAGAGAAGGCAGAAUGGGGAUUCAAAGGCUUGAAACAGGCCAUCAAGCUCGAGUUCAAGCUGCAACGGUAUCAAAAGGCUACGGAACAUUACGAGGAGCUCCUCACAUACGUUAAAUCGGCUGUGACGAGGAACUAUUCCGAAAAGUCGAUCGACAACAUGUUGAAUUUCAUCGAGAAAGCCUCGGAUGACCCCGCCGCGGUCCAGUGCAUGGAGCGGCUCUACUCGCUCACGCUGCAGUGUUUCCAGAGUACCAACAACGAGCGGCUAUGGCUGAAGACGAACAUCAAGCUGGCGAAACUGCUCUUGGACCGCAAGGACUACCAGGGCGUUACCCGGAAGCUCCGCGACCUGCACAAGGCCUGCCGGAGGGAAGAUGGGAGCGACGACCCCAGCAAGGGCACCUAUUCCCUGGAGAUCUACGCACUAGAGAUCCAAAUGUACGCUGAGACUAAGAACAACAAGCAGCUGAAGCGGUUGUACCAGCGAGCACUCAAGGUUCGGUCGGCCGUGCCGCAUCCCAAGAUCCAGGGCAUCAUCCGCGAGUGCGGAGGCAAGAUGCACAUGAGCGAGGAGAACUGGAAGGACGCGCAGAUCGACUUCUUUGAGUCUUUUCGUAACUACGAUGAGGCGGGCGACCUGCGCCGCAUCCAAGUGCUCAAGUACCUUCUCCUGACGACGAUGCUCAUGAAGUCGGACAUCAACCCCUUCGACAGCCAGGAGACCAAGCCGUAUAAGAACGACCCCCGGAUAGCGGCCAUGACGGACCUGGUCGACGCGUACCAGCGCGACGACAUCCACAAGUACGAGGACGUGCUGCAGACGAAUAAGGACCUGCUAGCGGACCAGUUCAUCGCCGAGAACAUCGACGAGGUGACGCGCAACAUGCGCACCAAGGCCGUGCUCAAGCUCAUCGCGCCGUACACGCGCAUGCGCCUAUCGUGGAUCGCCGGCCAGCUGCGCAUCGGCGAGGCCGAGGUGCAGGACAUUGUCGGCUUCCUCAUCGUCGACGGCCGCGUGCGCGGCACCAUCGACCAGCGCGAGGGCACGCUCGAGGUCGAGUCGGGCGCCGACCACGACCGCGUCGCCGCCAUCCGCUGCCUCGCCGAGGCGGCCGCGGAGCUCUUCGCCACCGUGCUCAAGGAGGGCGACGGCUUCCGCAGCAAGCCCGCCGAGAUAACGUCCCUGCUGUCCGAGGCGGGGUCCGACCUGUCGUCGAUGCUGGUGGACACGAGAUCUGGUAGGCACGGGCCAAAAUUGGCGCGUCGGGGCGGUAGGGGCGCCUUGUUCGUUUAAUGGGUUGACGGACGGGGGGAGACCUACCUCUACACCUAUAUUAUGCCUCGGUGAGGAUGCGGGGUCUCACCGGUCAGUGGGAUGACCGGGAACUGCGGCGACGAUGGGCUUGGCGCAGGGUCCUGCGCUCGGGUCGGGUCCAAGGUUCUUUGGGAGUUGGCUUACUGUAACGACAGCAUAAGAAAACCG